UGACACUUUCCAAUUAAUUGCAUAACCUUCCUACUAAAAAAAUUGUAUUCCCGCUUGUGUCAUAAAAUUCAAUUCGUGAUUCCUAACUUUUAUUUCGUAUGCCGGCUCCUGACUCGUUCUACAUUUAUUUUUCUUCCAUUUCGACCAAGAGAACAAAGAAUACCGAGAGUCCAAAGACAGACUGCGGAGAGAUAUAUGCCUACUGGGUUCUGUUCGGCGAUUUAUACGACAAUGAGAAGUAUGUGACGACGUCGAAGAAGCUGUGUAGGACUGGGUUCGCCAUGUUUGAAGACAGUGCCAACGACGACACACGCAACGCAACACCAAUGUGCGAGGAGAGCAGCGACUCCAAUGAUGAGGGCGACAAGUUCGAUAGGCCUGCAUCAAGCAUGGAUGUCUCUGGUCGUAGGAGUGGCAAGAAAUGUAGAUUCGACGGUAGUAAAAAGCACAGUAGCUAGGAGAAUCUCUUUAGAAUUGUUGAAAGUGCACUAUCAAGUAUUUUCAACAGUGCCAUUAUUGCAUACUGAAGUAAGUCUUUAAAAGGGGGAAACUUGACAGCAACCAUUGCAACAACGAAUGAGUACGCUCAUGUGAUAGAGAGAGAGAGAGAGGGAGACAAAAUUCUUUGCUUUCUUUUGAGCUUAAAAAUGCAUAGGGAAAUUCCAAACAUGGUUACGGACGUUGUUAAUGGCGCAAUCGAAUCUCAGCUGUGUUUCUGCCAUUUUCUGAUAAUGAAGAGGAGAUUGGGGAAGAGGAAUUCAUGCAACUGCUUGAAGAUGAUAUUGUUCAGUGGUUUCGGUAUUGUCGGAUGGCGGAAAUUGAUGUGGCAGACUACUACCGUCGAUAGAGACGUUAGAUUACUCGAUUUUCAUUUGCAAAG